GCACUAGCUCCGCCUCAGAGCGGCAUACUUAUCGAAACGCUACCAACCGGACAAAACCCGCACUUGCUAUAGCACAGCGUGCUCUCUGUUCGCGUUUCGAAGGGCUGCGUAGUCCCUCAUACAAGCAUAUAGCGUGGUCCAAUUCUUCAAUAGUCAAGGUCUCACUCAACCCAUGCACCCGAUUGCCCUGUGACUGAGGAAUAGCGAACAGAUUGCGAGUGCCUGCGCUCGAGCCAACACGCUGCCAGUGCACAAGGUCCACACGAGCUCGAACAUCCGCUUCAGUCAUCAAUAUGAGCACCCAGACUAACGAGGCUCCUGCUGCUGGCGCGUCUCCUCGUUCUAACUCACCAGCCGAUCCUCUCGAGACAACACCGCUGCUACAUCCUCCGGAUGACGCUGCAGCGGGAGUUCCAUCGCGGAAUUUAUCUCUACGGUUUUCGCCCAUCGUGCUCAUCACACCUGUCGCUGUUCUAUUCCAACUUGCUGCAUACCUUCCAAUGACGACCGUCAUCGACGCAAUUCGCAAGAUCGUUUGCCGCUGGUGGUACUUGACCAAUGACCCCAACAAGAUACCUUCGGACGGCCCCAUCCCGAACGCGCUCUGCACUAUCCCUGCCGUAGAGCAGAGGUUCACCACUGCCUUGAUGGUCACAGCCAUCGUUGAGGGGCUCGCAUCUCUGAUUGCUUACAGUGCUCUGAGCUCCAUAGCCAACAAUAUCGGAAGGAAGCCAGCUAUUCUGACGGUCAUAGCUGUCGGAAUCUGUGCGGACGUCUCGAUGUUGAGUACGGCCAUUAUCCCAGACGCAGUCGAGGUAUUCGCAUUGCUUCUGUGGCUUUUGUGUCAAUCCAUCGCAACCGUCACUGUCUUUGUCUUCCUUAUGAAUACAUAUGUUGUAGACCUUGUGCCAGCAGAACAGAGGACGCCUGCUCUCAGCAAGAUCUCUGGCUGGGCAACGCUGGGCGGUGCACUCUCAUUUUCUAUCGGGGGCGCUAUCACCACACGCUAUAACGCUACAGCCCCGGUGUACUAUGUUGCUCUCGGCCUGCAAUGUGUAAACUUCAUCUACGUCAUCACCCUUAUUCCUGAAACACACCAAAAGGCGCAAGGGGUGGAGGUCUCGCAUCCGCGAUCGGACGACGGCGCUCAGACGGAGAACAUCGUAGUUGCGGCUCUGCGCUGUUGUCGCAGCGUCGUAGUCGCUGCCCUCCUCCCGUUGAAAACCCUUCGGCCAACCCGUGACCACUCCACUGGGAGGCUCAAUCUGCGGCUCCUGUACUGUGCAAUUCAUAUAUUCAUCGCCGGACUGGGGGAAGGCCACGUAUUGCCUGCUCUGAUGGUGUAUCUUACUACCAAAUACGACUAUUCGCCGAAAGAGACAGGAUACGUCUUGACCACCCUGACGUUAACGUACGUCGUGGUCCUGACUCUGAUAAUACCGCUACUCGUCCGGCGUUUACUACGGCCACUCUAUUUGAAGGCGACCCACUUGUCAACGACGUCGGAUUCGGAGAGUGUCAGCGAAGUAACUGACGAAAUGGACGUGCACAUUGUCAUCGGGUCCCUAAUCAUUCAGGUCGCCGCUCUGCUCUUAUUGACCGCUGCGACGGGACGGGGCCUCCAACUCGCAUCCAUCGUCCUAUAUGGCUGUUCAGUCGGACGCGGCCCUGUUCUCCGCAGUCUAGCUGUAUCUACCGUUCCGCCAGAAGACCACGCAUCAGCGCUGGCGGCUAUUGAAAUGUCCUCAGGCUUUGGUAUGCUAUUGUCGUCCAUCAUACUGGGCACCUUGAUGGCAGCUACCAUCUCCACUGUACCCCAAGCUGUGUUCUGGGUAAUUGCGGGCAUCAGCACGGUUGCAAGCCUUAUAUUACUGCUAGUUCGAGAUUCUGAUCGAUAUCAGCCAGUACACAACGAGUGAGAAUAGAGGUUCCGUUCACUGGCUCUUUAGAGUCAUUCUCGCCCGGGAUUGUUUGUAACUUAUUCAGUUUUGUUUUUUAUGGACGUCAAAGUGACUCUGAUCCAGGUUUA